AUGGGUGGUCCCCUUCCUCCUGUUAAGCGCGUGAACUCCGUGGGCCUGGAGUUCACUGGUCGUGCUGGAUAUGCGGCUAUUGAAAUGGUCAUGUGCGACAUGCUCCGUGUCCCUGUGAUGGCCAUUUACGGUGUUGAGCUUGUAACUGCCCACCGGGUUGUCAUCAAGUUCGUGACGGAGGAGGAGUACCGUGAUUUUCUCCGUCGUUACGAGGGCUGUUCGUUGUCGCUGCCGGGUGGUGCCGGCUCUGUAUCCAUCUCGGACCGUAGUGGUGCACUGACCCACGCCCACAGUCCAGCCACCACGCCCACAGUCCAGUCACCACGCCCCUCCAACCCAACAGGCACGCCCACAGUCCAGCCACCACGCCCACAGUCCAGUCACCACGCCCCUCCAACCCAGCAGGCACGCCCACAGUCCAGCCACCACGCCCACAGUCCAGUCACCACGCCCCUCCAACCCGCAGGCACGCCCACAGUCCAGCCACCACGCCCACAGUCCAGUCACCACGCCCCUCCAACCCAGCAGGCACGCCCACAGUCCAUCCACCACGCCCACAGUCCAGUCACCACGCCCCUCCAACCCAGCAGGCACGCCCACAGUCUAGCCACCACGCCCACAGUCCAGUCACCACGCCCCUCCAACCCAACAGGCACGCCCACAGUCCAGCCACCACGCCCACAGUCCAGUCACCACGCCCCUCCAACCCAGCAGGCACGCCCACAGUCCAGCCACCACGCCCACAGUCCAGUCACCACGCCCCUCCAACCCAACAGGCACGCCCACAGUCCAGCCACCACGCCCACAGUCCAGUCACCACGCCCCUCCAACCCAGCAGGCACGCCCACAGUCCAGUCACCACGCCCCUCCAACCCAGCAGGCACGCCCACAGCCAGGCCACCACGCCCCUCUCCAGUAACUGUGUCUUGA